AUGCAAACUUACAACAAGGCAAAAACUUUGAGAACAACUGCCUUUGGCUCUGCUGAAAGAGUAGAGAUGAAUAUCGAUAGCCAACUCCUCCAACCUCUGUUUUUCUUGCUGGUAAUUUUCUUCGCCACGGCCAUUAAUGUCGUACCAAGCAAAGCAGCAGCUGAUGAUCAUGGCACAGACUGCCCAAUUUCACGGUGUAGGGAUGAUGGUCCCGUUAUCAAGUUUCCCUUUCGCCUAAAAGACGAUCCCCCACACUGUGGCCAUCCACAGUUUGAGGUUUCUUGCUUGCAAAACAAGACAAUGAUUCAGCUCUCAUCGUCAUCGGGACUGUUUCCCAUACGAACAAUAGAUUACAAACGGAAACAGUUUCGCGUCUACGAUGCAAAUGGUUGCCUCCCCAGACGCCUUCUUAACUUUACCAUCUCCAGCAACUCAUCUCAGCUCUUUGAUAUCUCCCGGCCCUAUGAUUACCGGUCCUAUGAUUACUCCUAUUAUUACCGGCCCUAUGAUUCCCUGUAUUUCGACUGCGCUGCUUCAUUAACUACUACUCUGAUAGCAAACUUUACAUUAUUAAACUGUUCCACAGAUCAAAACUUGACCAGAACCUUCAAUGCGAACUACUUUCCUAUCAGCUGUCUCAGUGUCCCAGGGCACCAAGUUCUGGCUUUUCCACCCGAAGCUUCUGUCGCUGAUUUGCCUGUGCCAACUUGUAGCAUUUGGAGAAAACUCCAAUAUCUUCCGUUACGAAGAGUGGAUGGUAAUAACAACCGACACAAUUGUGGCGUGGGCAGUUUUCUGUGGCUGCGAUGGAAAUCAUGGGAUAAUUUCCCAUCAUGCCAAUACUGUGGACGAUAUUGCCAUCCCAAUAGCAGCACCAAUCAGUUGGAGUGCCAUCGUCCUCCACAACAUCAAAAAGGCCAUGCAUCAAGUAGGACGUCGAUUAUCUUGGGAGCGAGCGUAGCUUCAUUUGCUCUUAUAUCAGCGGUGGCAGCAGUAGUAUUUUUUUUCCAUGUAAAACGAUCAAAGAGCGUACAGGAGAAAGAGAAUCAACUCAAAGUUGAAAGGUUCCUGAAGGAUCACAAAUCUCACGUACCAACGAGAUACUCCUACGCCGAUAUUAAAAAGAUGACAAAUGGAUUCAAGAAAAAGUUAGGUGAAGGAGGUUUCGGAAGCGUUUACAGUGGAGAGCUUCCAAUUAAUGGAGUUCCAGUCGCCGUAAAAGUCCUCGCUGACUCGAAAGGAAAUGGAGAAGAUUUUGUUAAUGAAGUGGGAACCAUUGGCAGAAUUCAUCAUGUCAAUGUGGUUCGUCUACUAGGUUUUUCUGCCGAAGUAGGCAAACGUGCGCUUAUUUACGAGCUCAUGCCAAACAGGUCCCUAGAGAACUUCAUCACAUCUAAAGAUCAAUCCAAUAACACUUUGUUUGAUUGGCAGAAACUUCAUAACAUCGUCAAUGGUAUAGCGAAGGGAAUCGAGUAUCUUCACCAAGGGUGCGACCGCAUGAUCCUCCACUUCGAUAUCAAGCCUCGUAACAUACUGUUAGACCAUGAUUUCAGUCCUAAGAUCUCGGAUUUUGGUCUGGCUAAACUGUGUUCCAAAGAAGACAGUAUCGUAUCUAUGACAGCUGCUAGAGGCACCGUGGGCUACAUUGCACCAGAAGUGUUUAACGGGAACUUUGGGAACGUGUCACACAAGUCAGAUGUGUACAGUUUCGGGAUGCUGGUGCUUGAGAUUGUUGGAGCUAGGAAGGAAACUGCUCUUGCUUCUGGCAACAAUGAGGUCUACUUUCCAGAGUUGGUCUACAAUCGUCUCGUUCAAGGAGAAGAGUUGGAUUUGAAGCUAGAUACCGAUGAGGACACUCAGAUUGCUAAGAAACUAGUGAUUGUGGCACUUUGGUGCAUCCAGUGGUACCCGGUGAAUCGCCCUCCCAUGAAAGCAGUUGUUAGAAUGCUAGAAGGAGGCUCUGAAAACUUGAGCAUGCCACCAAAUCCAUUUGCUUCCACAAGUGCACAGACAGAUCAACCGAGAACAACACUGUCAAGUUAACUAGUCACACUAAAUAAUUGUGUCCUGCAUAUUUGUAAAAGUAGCACGAAAGCAACAAUUAAAAGAGCUUUCUAAUAAAAUUUUACUGCCUGGUGGCUAGUAAAUUAUCAUUUUA